GUCACUUCCGCUCGAGUUCGGCGUUUCGUCUGUGAGAGCUCACGCGGUUUCAACAUGCGUAUUGAGAAGUGUUAUUUCUGUUCGGGGCCCAUUUACCCCGGCCACGGCAUGAUGUUUGUCCGCAACGAUUGCAAGGUGUUCAGAUUCUGUAAAUCCAAGUGUCAUAAAAACUUUAAAAAGAAGCGCAAUCCUCGCAAGGUCAGGUGGACUAAAGCAUUCCGUAAAGCAGCUGGUAAAGAGCUUACAGUGGAUAAUUCAUUUGAAUUUGAAAAACGUAGAAAUGAACCUGUUAAAUACCAGCGAGAGCUAUGGAAUAAAACUAUUGAUGCAAUGAAGAGAGUUGAAGAGAUCAAACAGAAACGCCAAGCUAAAUUUAUAAUGAACAGAUUAAAGAAAAAUAAAGAAUUACAGAAAGUUCAGGACAUCAAAGAAGUCAAGCAAAACAUUCAUCUUAUCCGGGCCCCUCUUGCCGGCAAAGGAAAGCAAUUGGAAGAAAAAAUGGUGCAGAAAUUACAACAGGAUGUGGACAUGGAAGAUAUUUCUUAAAGAUCUCACUAUUUCUAUAAGUGCAUUUGAAAAUCUCCUUAGGAGACCAGGAACUUCUAAAUGAUCUUUUAUAUUUUACAUAAGGUCACUCAAAUGAAAGGUAUUUAAAAAUACAUCUCUUCUACGUUGCUCAUUGCUGUCUGUAAAAUAUCAGAUAUUAUGGAUGUUAGAUUGCAUUGCCAUUGUUAAACCUUCACUGAUACUUACAUUUAUGUAAGUCAUGCAACUUCUCUUUGUAAAUACAGAAGUCAAGUGUAGGCACAAAAUGUUCCUGCCAUUUGGGUAAUGGCACUAUGCAGUAUUUAUGGAAGAACUAAUGACAAAAAUAUAUUUUACAUAUCCCUAGCCAUAAAUUUUCUUUGCAGUAAAAUAUUAAUUUUACUUUAUUAUUAUACAAGGGGGCUUAAAACAAGGAACUAAAAUAACCUGUAUGUAUGAUAAUUAGCCUUAAGUAAUCUUUUAUUUUGAUUUCAGUAUUUGCUUUGGUUUCUUAGAAGAGUAUAUGAAGCCUAAUUAUGUUGGAGGUGAGAGCUGAGUAGCUUUUUCCUGAAAUGGUACUCUAUACUUUCAUUUUGGAGAACACUCAAUUCUGAGAUUCCUGAUAGAGCCAGAUUUUUUUUUUCCAGUUUAGCAGUGGUUUAAAAGUGGAAGAAUCCCAGUGCCUUUUAGGAUGUUGUGUGGUUCCAUUUAAAAAGCUCCUAAUUGUUUUUGGAUAAUAGAAUUUACGGUUUAUUAUUUGGACCUAAGUUCAUAUUUUUUGUUUAAAAGCUACUAAAAAACUAUUCGUUAGCAGGAAGAAAAUAACUCCCACAUACUACUGAAGUAGGAAAUACAAUUAAAGAAAAAUAUAUACUGAA